ACAGCGAGUGCUCUCUCCCCACAUCUAGAGUGACCCAGCAGGGAGAGAGUCGACCUUUGGCAUUCACUGAGACAGAAACAAAAAGCUUGUGCAUGGAAGAAUCACAUGUUCAGGAAUGUAAAGUAUUUCAAUCCGACUCCCAUUUGGUGAGCCUGUACUCUUGGGUGCAGGUUGAUGAGGCCUUUGAGGACUAGAAGCUGGGAGAGAGAAAGGAGGAGAAGAGAUCUGUACUGAGUGUUUCUGAGACAUAUCACAGGAGGAGAAGAGAUCUGUACUGAGUGUUUCUGAGACGUAUCACAGGAGGAGAAGAGAUCUGUACUGAGUGUUUCUGAGACGUAUCACAGGAGGAGAAGAGAUCUGUACUGAGUGUUUCUGAGACGUAUCACAGGAGGAGAAGAGGUCUGUACUGAGUGUUUCUGAGACGUAUCACAGGAGGAGAAGAGAUCUGUACUGAGUGUUUCUGAGACGUAUCACAGGAGGAGAAGAGAUCUGUACUGAGUGUUUCUGAGACGUAUCACAGGAGGAGAAGAGAUCUGUACUGAGUGUUUCUGAGACGUAUCACAGGAGGAGAAGAGGUCUGUACUGAGUGUUUCUGAGACGUAUCACAGGAGGAGAAGAGAUCUGUACUGAGUGUUUCUGAGACGUAUCACAUCGGGAAGUAGACGACAACCGCCAUGGAGUCCCUCGAUCCUUCUGCUCUCCCCGGCGCAACCACAGCUGUGACCUACGACCCUAAGUCAGAGACAGUCACCCUACCAGGAGGGAUCGUGUCCGUGACGGGCCUCACCAUGGUAACCGGUGGCGCUGAGCUCUCCUGUGGUUCCUGUAUGCUGGCCUUUGGCAUUUGGGGAACUUUCAUUGGCGUAAGUGCGAUGGCAGUUGGACUUUGGCACCAAUCAAUGAUGUCUGUGGGCCGGAACUCGAACCUCCUGGAAAUGGGAUUGGUCAUUCUGGCCAUCAGUUGUGGGGUGGUCGGUAGUGUGGUGGCGCUUCGCUAUCUGACGAGAAGACAGAGAGAGUUAAAAAGGGCGGAGAGGGAGGAUGGGCGGGUGGUGCUGGUGGGGGACAGUGGGAUAAGUGUUCUAAAGAAAGUGACUGUGUAGGAGAGACACACAGUGAUAGGGUGUAAGAUGGGAGUCAGAUGGCUGAGCGGUGAGGGAGUCGGGCUAGUAAUUAGAAGGUUACCGGAUCGAUUCCCCGCCGUGUCAAAUGAUGUUGUGUCCUUGGGCAAGGCACUUCACCCUACUUGCCUCGGGGGGAAUGUCCCUGUACUGACUGUAAGUCGCUCUGGAUAAGAGCGUCUGCUAAAUGACUAAAUGUAAAUGUAAUGUAAAUGUAAGAACUGGCACUGGCUGUAAGUCCACUGUAACACUGGACACGUGGCCAGAUACCUUUGCUGUAUGAGUGAUAGUGAGAAAGCUGCCUCCAUGCUGAGUUUUCUCACCACCAUGAGCCAAUGUGUGUGUGUCUCCCUCUGCUGGAGGAAAUGUGUAUGAUCAGCCCAGAGGGUUCACUGACUAAAUACUGACAGACUUCAAAAGAUCUUGUAUUAAACUGUAUGUGCCAAAAUGAAAUAAAUUGCCAUCUAAACAAUUACUUCUUUUUUUUUUACCAAAGGAUUGCACAUUUUUACUGUGAAAUUUAAUACAAUAUCUAUCAUCGUUUCUGAAAAAAAUAUAUGCGUGUUUGUAUUGUAUUAAAGUAUUUGCAGCUGG